AUGUCUGAAGAUAGAAAAGCAAGAUUAGCAGAAUUGAGAAAGAACAGAGCCAACAAUCGUGGAUCACUGAUAAAAGCAUCUCCCGAAUCUCAAGAGGAAGGAUCUCAAGAUGCAUCACCACCUAAGACACCAACAGUACUUUCUAAUGACGAUUCACAAGAAACCACUGAAGAUAAAGAAGAAACAGUAUCUUCCUUACCACCAACCUUAGAACUAACAAAUGGUGAAACUGUAGAAGUUGUUUCACAGAGAAUCUAUAAUGACAUACUAAAUAAAGUACAUAAUGAGGCAACAUCGGCGUUUUUUGAACAGGAAGAGUCAACCAAGCCUAAAGUGUCCUAUACCAAGGAUAUGAAAGAUGACUUGCAAAACUAUUAUCACAAGGCUGAAAUAAGAACUAAUAGAGCUAUCAAUAAAAUAAUACAGGACAAACUAAUACAAGAGUAA